UAAUAAGUAAUUGUAAUUGUUUAGGGACCGUUCAAGUAUUACGUAAUCACUGAGGGGGUGAGGAGGUGUUUGUUUUACUUAUUUUGCAUGUCAUUGGGAGUAGCAGUCUAGAUUAUGAUUGCGUCAUCAGUAGUCAUUUACUUUUCUGCAAGUUGCGAUUGGCAAGUUUUCCUUGUGUGUACGCAUACGUUUAGAUACUCGCUUUAGAACCUUAUAGGACCCAAUAUAAAAAUAGUUUUAACUGAAAAUUGUUUACUUAUUGGUACUUACAAUUUUAUUAUAAUUUUCGCGCUGCUACUAAUAUUGCUGUCAGUAGUAGCGCGACAGUCGCCGCGCCGUGAGUUGCGGAAUGCCGUUCAUGAAUAGGAGCCAUGGCUGGAAAUUAGUCGAGUUCCUCAUCAACAGUUAGAUUUUAGUCGUCCACGCGUAGAAAGACACUCCACAAAUCACAUGUUUCGUGGCGCGAUGUCUCAUGUCGCCUAAAAAGGCAAAAAGCUCUAUUAUUUUUCGGUGACAUAGACAAAUCUUUGAUUUUGACAUUUGAUCACAUUUGACACAAGCAAAGCUAAUUCAAUGGAAAUGGUGAAUGACUGAUGAUCUGAUCUGACGAAUAUACAAAAAACAUUCUUCUAAUAAUAUACAUACAAUAUUUUGCGUUCUGUGUCAAUAACCAAAAUGAAUAUGCAACAAAGAGAAGAAAAACAACUGGAGACUACAAUUCAAGCCAUAUUAAUUAGAGUCAAUGAUUUGAAGACUGCAAUUCAGGCGCUUAUAAACAAGCUGGAAACUGAAUAUGAAACUAUCAACUGGCCAACAUUUCUGGAUAAUUAUGCAAUUUUAUCAGGACAUUUGACUGGAUUAAGUAAGAUAUUACAAGUAGAACUUGCAGCAUCACUGAAAUCGCGGAUUGUGUUGCCUUUACAAUUGAGCUGUGAACGUGAUGAAGCAUUGGCUCGACUAACCGAAGGACGCGUUCCAGCAUGUACACAUGAUCUUGUUCCGGAUUUGUUGCGUACAAAACCAGAACCUCAAGCUGAACAAAGACUACAGCAAUUUAACCAUAAAGCCAGUACUCUAAGCUAUGAUACUGCACAGAAACAAGUAGCCCAAUUCACCAAAGUAGUAAGCCAUGUUUGGGAAAUAAUAUCUAAAGGGCGAGAGGACUGGGACGGAGAUUCUAUGAGAUCUGCUGGUAUGCAACCAACCCAUAGCAUAUCUGACACUCAUGCUUUGGUGACUGCUGUGGGAACUGGCAAAGGAUUGCGUCCAGGGAUCCCAUCAAUUGUUCCACAAGGUGUAGCUCCAGGAAUGGGACCAUCUCGAGGUCCAGCCCCUCAACUUGGUCAGGCUGCUCCAUCUUUGCCAAAAGCACCUUCAGCUAUCAAAACCAACAUCAAAGCUGCCAAUCAAAUCCAUCCAUAUCAACGUUAAUAUUUAAGUGUAAUUUUUAUGUUAUUGUAUAAUAAAUAAUUAUGUGCUAAGGUCA